AAACUCAGUAAUUAUGAGGAUGGGGAAACCCCUAGUAAUUAGUAAUUAUGAGGGGUGAGGAAACCUAGUAAUUAGGUGGGAUACGGUAAUGUUGUGGAGUGUUUGUCAUUACUUUAUACCUCGGUCUACUAUUGCACCUCAACAAUUACAUGUUGUGCACGGGAACAGGUACAUGUAUAAUAUGUCUCGAUGUAAAACAAAUAGCUUCUUGCAGGCAUUCGUAUCAGGACUUGCACACCUCAAUAUUCACCCCUUCAAUUUAAGUGGUACAUGUAGUAAUCUAUCGCUUAUGCGUCAUUGCUGUUGCUAAACGAAGUUGGUAAUCUACAUGUAUGAUCUGAUAAGGCAUCACACAGGAAAUUACGUCAUCAACAUUUCUAUUGCUGCCAAUUAGCUCAAAGCUAUCAUUAUAAUUACAGCUAGCUACUUGAAUUACCUGUACAUGUACAUAUCUUGUACAUACUUAUUAUAAGUUAUCAGAUCUGCCACCUGCUAGCUAUUCAGCCAAAAACACUGAACUUACAGGAUGAGCCAAACCAGCAGCAAUGAUUCUAAGAAGGCAACCACCAAGGACACAUCACCAGCCGCUAGCUCCAAGGCUCUCCCAGUCAUCACUGAAGAAGAAGUUGGACGAAUCAUUGACCUAGGUCUUGGCCGUGGUGUGGAUGCUACUGAUGCUUCUCCUUGGCUCCACAAGUCUUCGUUUCAAGUCAGGAGAAUCCACAUUGAUAAUAUCAUUGGAACAGAAGAAGGUGGAUCGAUGCAGAGCUAUGAACGAGAGGUGUCCAGUGUUACUACACAACAGACCAACUUGAAAGCCUCCGUGGCAAUACCCCAGGCUCCGGUUAAUCUAGGCCUCGAGGGAGAGCAAUCGAGAAGUGUUUCAACAACACGAAAAGCCAUUGGAAAGAGAGUGAUGAACAGGACUAUAUCUUUUUCUUCACAAUUUGAUGACCUCCCACAGUCAAGCAGCAAGAGUGUCAAAACUAUAGAUGCUCAGAAAGAAACCGUUGUUCCUAAAGUUGUCUAUGCCACAGCCACUGAAGUUGAACAAAAGGAACUAGAUCGACAACACGUAUUCAAUUUUGAGGAAAGGCUCUCGAAAUGGAUCCUGGAGCGAAUAAUACAUCGCUAUGAAUUGGCAAAGAAGAUUGAAGACAGAACAGUACCCCCGGAGAUUUCGCUGGUCAAAGGAGUCAACCCUUGCGACGAUUUGUCAAAUUACAUCAACGCAGUCGAUAAAGAGGGAGCUAAGCAGAUUGUCAGCGAUUGUGCAGAUUUCGUUCGUCAUUUCCGCAUCACCCAUUACGUCAAUUCCAUCAGUCUUGGGGCAUCUCAGUACAGACUCUUCAGCGAGACCGAGUAUUACAGCAAAAUUGGGGCCAAGGGAACAUUUGGCUUCGAAAGUCUUGCAAAUCUAGUCAUCUCCCAAUCAUUUUCCAAGAAAACGACGAACAAGGCUUCAGAUUUACGACAAAUUGGGAGGAUCGUGAACGAGAAAGUUUCUAGGGGUACCUAUGAUGAGGCGGUGAUCGGGAUUGGGAUACUGCCGAUACAUCAGCUCGUGCAGUUGAGGUUCCUUCAUUUGGCAAUGAGAAAAGCUCUUCUGGACUACAUUGAAGUGCAAGGAGACACAAGUUCUGGUCCAUUCCUCAUUGCUGUGGGAGACAUCUACUGGAAGGUAAACAAAAGAAAUGGAUUCGCCGUCGAAGGAACCACAGAAGUAUCCCAAGCCUCGUUGUUUUUCAUCAUCCCAACGGACAAUGGGGACCACCCGUACGAGUUUUUGAUUGGUUGGCACGGUGACGGACAUCGAGGACUGCAACGUGGUAUUCCCACACUCUCUCAAGACAGACCCCACACACCAGCAAUGUUUCGAUACCUCGAUGCUCAUGUGAGUAUUUUGGGGCGAAACAGUGGACCUCUGUACAUGAGGAAUGAUAUUCAUGAGCAUAAUGCACGGUUCUCACUUCACAGUCGAUUGUUCAAGAAACACACGGCUCCAGUUGAUCUUCGAGAGUGGGUGUUGGGAAAUGACCAGUUCUUCAUCAACUGUUCACGAAGGAGUGGUCGUAUCGAUGGAUUCUUGGCAACCAAGAGGGUAACACAGAGAGGUGCUGCACAAGCCGAGUAUACGUCAGCGUGUGUGCCGUCUAUCAAGUAUCACAACGAGGUGGACGCUUUUAUGCUUUUCAGUUUGAUCUCUCCGAGAGUUAAAGAAAGUCUUUUGUCGCCCGCCAAAAUUGUUACCCCAGAGCAAGAUCUUAACGAGGAAUUCGAUUCGUUUAUCGGAGACAGUUCAUUGGCAAAGUUUAGUUUCAAGGACAAACCGCUACCUGGGAAAAGAGGAGCCAGUUUAGGAAUGGAAAUGACACCAUUAGCACCACAAGACCAAUAGACUAUUAGCAUAAAUCUCACUAACUGCGUGACUGGACACAUGUUGUAUUUGUAUGUUUGACCCUUGCUCCUUUUUAUCUUCUGACAACUAAAAGUGAAAUUUUAUCACUCUAUACAAA